AUGUCCUCCCUGCCGGCCUCCUGCCUCCUGGCCCAGGUGGCCAUUGCCUGUGGCAAUGUCAAAAUGAAGCAUGUCCCUGCCCUGACUGACUCUGGCCUGACCAUGCUCUAUCUGGCAGAGAAAGAAAUUGCCAAGAUCCCAGCCAACGCAUUCCUGGGGCUGCCCAACCUGGAGUGGCUGGACCUGAGCAAGAAAUCUGACUCGGCUGAAGUGGCUGAACCUGGAUGGGAACUCACUGUCCACAGUGCCAGCCUUGCCCACCUCCUUGCAGGAGCUCAAACUCAACUGGAGCUGCGCCUCAGCCAGCUGCUGACACUGGAGGUGGAAGGGAACCAGCUGCAUGAUGGGAACAUCUCUCCCCUGGCCUUCCAGCUCCUACGCAGCCUGCUCUACCUGAGGCUGGACCGGAACCGGCUUUGGACCAUUCUGCCUGGCCUGCCAGCCUCCCUGCAGGAGCUGCACCUGAGCACCAACGCCAUCGAGGAGGUUUUGGAGGGUGCCCUGAGCCGCGGCCGCGGCCUCAGCAUGCUGGUGCUCAGCAACAACCGGCUCCAGGAGGACCGGCUGGCGCAACGCACCUGGAUCCAUCUCCCAUGACUGGAGACCCUUGACCUGUCCCACAACUGGCUGGUGCAUGUGCCUUCCUUCCUGUUGCGGGGCCUCCGGCACCUGGCGCUGCACCACAACCACAUCGAGCACAUCCCCGGCUACAUGUUCGCGCACAUGAAGCCAGGCCUGGAGUUCCUGCACCUGUCCCACAACAGCCUGCGCGCCGAUGGCAUCCACAGCAUGUCCUUCCUGGGCCUGCGCACCUCCCUGGCUGAGCUGCUGCUGGACCACAACCAGCUGCAAGCCAUCCCGCGGGGCCUUUUGGGCCUCAGGGGGCUGCGUGUGCCGCGCCUGAGUCACAACAAGAUCAGACAUGUGCCCCUGAAUUCCAUCUGUGACACACGUGUGGCCCAGGACUCCAACCUCAUCUCCACGCAGCUGGAGAACAACCUCAUCGACCGGUGCCACAUUACACCCACCGCCUUCUCUUGCAUCCGGGCCUACCACAGCGUGGUCCUCCAGCCCCAGCAGGGGGAGGGGGAGGGCUCCUAGCCCCACCCUGCCAGCCUUCUUCACCCCUGCUCCUUUGGGACUGGUGGUGGUGGGGGCCCAGGCCCAGCUCCACUUGAACUUUGCACCACUGGGAGAAAGAUCUAGAAGACCCUGAUGCUUCAGAUGUGCCCACUUCCCAUUGACUGCUGAGGCCCCUUCACUUAGUAAACGGCCCAGUGGGGUGCCGUGCUGGUUUGGACUUGAACAUAAUAAAUGCAU